GUUAAGGAGUGCAGUAACCGUUGUAGAUUUGCAUAACUAUAUUGCCGUGUUUGGUCCCUGUCUAAGUUACAAUAAAUUGCCGUCCACUUGGAACAUAUCCGUAUGCGAUUAUUUAAAGCAGCAGUUGAAUAUACUUCGAGCUGCAGACUCACAGCAGAGUUCAAGUAACUAUGUUAGCUAUUUGGAACUACAUAACGAUUAUGAAGAUAUUUUAAAUGAUAAGAAAGGAAACACAACCACGACGGCUAGUAACUCCAUGCAAGGGAACAUAAAUUCGAAUAACAUAAAUUCGCAACUAUCCAUGAAGGGGAGUAGUAUACGUAUGAAUUCUGCCAACAGUACGAGUAAUGUGAGCGGAAAUGUAAGUGCAAAUGUCAGCGGAAAGGCUAGUGGAAAUGCCACGGGACAUAUCAGUAUGAAUACAGAAGGGGGAAAUCUAGGAUGUUUUACACUAGGUGAUCAUGAAGAUAACAACAUUGUAGAGGAUUAUUAUGACUGUCUUAUGAGGACCAAGUUAUCAGAUGAUUCCCCGAAUUGUCUAAAAUAUAUGAUGAACUCGAAGAAUGAUUCCUUGAGCAAUACGGAAGUGGAAAAUGUUAUUUCUUACUUGAAAAAGUAUGAAGUGAAGGCGAAUAAAAAUUAUUGCAGUUUGGAGGAAGAGUUGAAAUAUAGUAAAGAUUCAGAUUUUGAAUACCAGGAGGAUUACCUAAAGGAUAAGACUUUGUACGACUCUGAUUUGGAUGAUAAUAAUUUAUUUGAUAGCAACCUGAUAAGCAGCAACAGGAAUAUGAACGACAGCAGUAGCAGCAUGAUGAAUGUGAAUUUGAGCGUUCCGAAUAGUGGUACGGCAAACAACAAUAACAGCAAUAAUUUGAGUACCAAGAAUUAUAAUAUGAAAUAUGAUUCUGUGAAGAAGAAUAACAACGAUGUUAUGAACACAUGGGCAAGAGCAUGUACGGAGGGACAUCCUGAAUAUCUACCUAGAAUUCCUGGGGUUCGAUUCAAUCCGAAGAAACAACAAUGGCUAGCUGCUUGGAAUGAUAACACGAGGGAGAUUAGAAGGUACUUCUCCGUUAAACAGUACGGUUUUGAACAAGCCAGAAUUUUAGCCGUGAAAGCUAGACAAGAAGCUGAGAAGGCAGGCGCUAGAUGCAAACCUAUGUUCCAUGUGCAUGGAAGGAAGGCAAUGGAAAAUGCAGUAAACGAUGUUAUGAAGAAUAACAAUGAUAUGGUGAUGGAAGAUGGCACCAUGGGGAAUAACAACGCAGGAGGAAACAACAACAUUGGAGGUAGUAGCGUGGGUGGCAAUAUGGGCAUGAUGAACAGUAGCGGAAACAAUGCAACCCACGCAGGCACGAACGUAGCGAUGAACAGUGGAGGCAUGUCCGCAGGAGGAACACACGAACAUAUGAAUAAGAAAGAUUUAUUGAAAAAUGAAAAUAACAAAGGAAUUAAGCGAGGAAGAGGGAGACCUCCUAAGAGGAAAUUGAGCGAAGAUUCGCAACUCUCACUAGACGAUAUGGAACAGACUCUAUGUAAGAAUGGAGAAAACGCAGAAUUGAUGGAAGCUAUGGAUUCUUUUGAUAAAAACUGUACCAGACCGAUGAAGGGAGUAUCCUACAAUGAUCGAAAGGGUUCUUGGCUAGCCUAUUGGUCCAUAGGGAAAAAUUUCCAGAUGAGAAGAUUCCCCAUAAAAAAAUUAGGUUUUGAAAAGGCAAAGGAGCUAGCCAUUCAGUGCAGAUUAGAAGCAGAACAAGCAGGAGCGACAACCACGGAAAAUAGAACCAAAAGGAUUCGAAACUUGCUAACCAUGAAUUCGGAAAAUACGAUGGAUGUAAUGAUGGACAUGAAUUCUCUGGACGCGGAAGAUAACCUAAAUGACACGAAUAAAAAUCUGAAUGGAAAUAUGAUCAUGUCACAGAUGCAUUACUAUAAUGCACACGGAAUAAACAACAAUAAUAAUAUGCACCCAAAUAAAAUGCCACAUAGCGAUUGCCAAGAAAGCGAGAAUGAUUAUUCGCCUACGAAGAGGACAAGGGCACCCAGAGGAAGAAGAAUGGAAAGCCUAACUGCACGUGCUAGUGCUUUGACCCCAGUAGAAGGAGUUCGAUUCGACCCAUAUUCCUAUUCCUGGUUCGCCAAAUAUCUUGAAAAUGAGAAUUCCAAAGAACCCAAAAUAUCGAAAUACCUUCUAAAAAAAUGGGGGUUCAAUAAGGCACACAGUUUGGCUGUCCAUACGGUAAAGUGCGCCUACAAAGCUGUGCCCUUUACAGACGAGGAGCUGAUUAACAUAUUUAAUGUAGACUCGAAAAACCUCGUAAAUAAUCAGAACAGCUUGAUGAAUUUGGCAUUUAAGGACUCGUUCGGGGAUAACGCAGGGGCUAAUGGGAAUGCUUACAACGCCAACAACUAUGGUGCAAUGGGAGUCUCGAGUUCGACGAAUGGCGCACUUAUGGGCAACAUGGGGUACAUGAAUGGUACCAUGGGCGGGAGCGUUGGCAUGGACCAUGUUGUGAAUGGCAUGGCUAUUAGCGGUGUUGGCGCAGUUAGUGGCGGCAACUUCGCGCAGAACAUGGGCGCCUACAAAGGAGGCGUGAACACGCACGGCAUCAUGAACAACAUAGGCAGCAGCGGUACGGAGAAAAACGCAGACAUGAGCAACGUGAAUGACGAGGAAACGACUAUCGGGAAUGGAAGUAGCAACAAUGCUAAAAACAUACUGAGCAAUAUGGAUAAUGCGAACGGCAUGCUAAACGUCGACGGAGCCAGCAAAAUGAAUGCUGCUAGCAAAAUGGGCAUAAUGAACAACUGCACGUAUAACUACAAUAGUGGGAGUAGUGCCAUAAACGACAGCGCAGCGGGAGCAGGAGGAGCUAGCCAAAAUAAUUACCACCACGGGGGGUUAUUACCCAACAACGGAAUCAUUGUCGGUAGCAGCUUAGGUGAGAACAAUGUGAACGGCUCAUCAUCAUCCAUCAAAGGAAAUACAACUAUCGCAAAUGGUGUAAACGUAUAUAUGAAUGAACAAAUUGGGUUAAAUGCAAACUACAACGGGGAAAGUUACCCCUCGGGGGAUGUGUUAGUUGCCCCGGGUGCGUCUUCAGCAAUGUUGGACGAUGAAAAUUCAAAGGUGUUAAACAAAGCACACCUAAUGGAUAGCAGUAACGGUGCAGGAAAUAAAGGCAGUGGGAAUGUCAUACAGAAUAGUACUGUAGAUAAUUAUAUAAUGGUUAACGAGUGUGUGUUAAAUAAUAGCAACAGAAAGGUGAGUGGUGCUCAUGUUGGCAACAAGACGAUGGGUGCAGGUGGAGCAGCAGCGUAUGGCCAUCACCAUAUGGAUGACCCAGCUGUAGUGGGUGGUGUAGUACGACUGAACGAAAUGCACAUGAAUGCAGAGAAUGACAUGAACACGAAUCCAGCAAAUAUCCAAUACGGCAUUGCAUCUACGGGUUCUAAUAUGAACAUGAAUUCUGAACCGGUCAUGAAUAAAGGCAUGAUCAACAACAGCGCCAGUGGCAGCGUAAAUCUAGGAACGAACAACAAUGACAAUAAUAGUAAUAUCCUGGAGGGGCGUGAUGUAAUGGACAACAGCAGAGUUGUGGAGCAUCCCCUGGAGCAAAGGAAGUUUGUAAAUAUUAUGAACGAUUCAGGCAACAUUGAUAACGGUGUCAACAGUGAAAAUGGCGUGAAUAGUAGCUAUGCUAAUAAUAGCCCGUAUGGCCCAAACGCAGGUGCCAAUUUUAACUCAUACGACGGUGAAAACGCGGGAACGUCCAAUAUGAUUGGCUCUAAUGCAAAUGAGCUGAAUGAGUCCUCCAUGUAUUACAUGAACGUGAAGCCAGAGAUAAAGACGGAGCAGUGA